AUGUUACAAGCAAUAAUUUUUGUGCUGGCGGUCUCUCACUUGACGGACGCGGGGCCAUGUCCAACACAGCGCCCGUGUGAGCUGGCUGUGAAUUUCGAGUCUGACGUUGGACCUGGCACGAUGGACGUAUCCGUGAACUACAAGGCAGGCACUAUCCAGUACUCUUUGCGAAACGGAACUGCGCAUUUCGGAGGCACUCGGGCACUGGAGGACUAUGCGGUGGGCCUCGCCAUCUCCAUAGUGGAGAACGACAACGCAUGUUACUGGAGGAAACUGAGAGAAUCCUUCCAGAGAUCUCUCGGGCGUCUCCUCUCCCCCGGCGGUCGAGUCCUACGCAUAGCUGACCCAACAGACGCCCGGAUAGAACCAACGAAGGCACAGGGAGAUGAAGUAGGAAGGAAACUCGCCUCUUUUUGCGGAAAUAGGGCGAUCUACAGGCUGCUGGAUGGAGGAUCCUCUGCCCUUGACGACGCAGCCACUUCCUCACCGAACGCCUUGAGGAACGGCCUGAAGAGGGACGUCGCCAGCACAACCCUUUUCUCACUGCUUUCCCCUUUUAUUUUAUCCCCGUCUGCCCUCCCCCCGCGUUCCCUCGACACGAGGCCUCCACCCGUCUUUCCCCGACUUCUUUUGGGGGGCGAUGACGAGGGGAGCGUGGGCGUCGGGUAA